UAUGUAGUUAUUGGACCGCGGAACGGUUUCUUGCACUGUAUAUUAUGAACCUUAAUCCAGCUAUAUGAUUUAUCUUGUUCCUAAAGUCACGUUACCUCGACAAUAUAUUUCUUAGAAACUAGUAGACACAGUGAGUAACAGUAGUUAGAUGAGUAUUCAGGACAGGGUAUCCUCGUAUGUAGCCGAGAAUAUUUCUCCUGACGUCACUCCUUAGCAGUAUUUAGCGUUCAAUGUAGUGAUAAUGUUGAUAAACUUUAUCUGUAAGUGAUAGUGCUAUCAUGUAUGUUUUUCAGUAGACAUUAUUCAAAGGUGAUUGUCAGUUUUCAUGAAACAUAGCUUUGUUUACUGUGAUAGUGAUUUGGACCAAUUUUGAAAACCUAAAUCGCGGCACCACGUUACUUCGGCGUUUUUUGAGUUAACAAAUAACCGUGAAAAAUGCCCCGGGGACGGGACGAUAUGCAAGUAAACGUGGCGGGCCUAAGGAGAAAUAUUAAAAACCUCGCGCACAACUAUUCCGAUGCCCAGGUAAAAGUGCGCGAGGCAACAUCAAACGAUCCAUGGGGCCCCUCAAGCACUCUGAUGGCGGAGAUCGCCGAUCUCACCUACAACGUGAUGGCGUUCACGGAGAUCAUGCAGAUGAUAUGGAAGCGGUUGAACGACCACGGCAAGAACUGGCGGCACGUCUACAAGGCGCUGGUGCUGAUGGAGUACCUCAUAAAGACUGGCAGCGAGAAGGUGGCGAUGCAGUGCAAGGAGAAUAUAUUUGCUAUACACACGUUGAAGGAUUUUCAGUAUAUGGAGGAGUGGAAGGAUCAGGGUCUAAACGUGCGCGAGAAAGCGAAACAGCUAGUAAAUUUGCUGAAAGACGACGAGCGAUUAAAGAACGAGCGCGCGAGAGCAUUAAAAGCGAAGCAGCGUUUCGCUCAGAGCGCGAGCGCUUUUGGCAGCGACGGCGCGCUCGACACACCCUCCAGCCCGCAGUACCCGCCUGUUGAAAACUUGAACAGCGAAUCGGCAGAAUGGCACGGUCGCGACGCGGAGCUGGCGCGGCCCCUGACCGCCGGCGAGGAGGAAUUACAACUACAGUUGGCUUUGGCCAUGUCCAGGGAGGAGGCGGAGAGGGAGGAGAGACGGCGGCGCUCAGACGACGUGCGGUUACAGCUCGCCAUCAGCCAGUCGCAGCAUGAUCUGCAGUCUUUAUUUCAAAUUGGGACACCAGGAGCGGAGAAAAAGCCGGAGCCAGCCCAGCAAUCCCACUUACUGGACCUGCUGGACGUGAACCUUGGUUCCCCGCCCGCGCCCUCCGCGGCCGCGGACCCGUGGGGCAUCGCGGCGCCACAACAGAAACAGGACACGAUGCCGGACGCGUGGUCGGGCGUGGGCAGCCCGGCGCGCGACCCCUGGGCGCCCGCGGACCCCUGGGCGCCCGUGGCACAGAGUAAGUCGCCGCCGUCCGUGCUGUCGUCGCCGUCGUCGGAGCUGGAGCAGUUCGACGCGCUGUCGCAGCGGCCGCGCACCGCCAACAACCACGACGACCCGUUCGACCUCACCGCGCUAGGUGACAACUUAGCGCCCGCAGCGAGCUCCUCACCCAGCACGGGCGCCAUAAAGAAGAGCCCCUCGGCGUUCCUCGGCGAGAACUCGUCGCUCGUGAACCUGGAGCGGCUGCUGCAGCCCGCCAGCGCCGAGCCGCCCGCGCCCAACCCCUUCGCGCCCGAGCCGUCCCGGCAGAUGUUCCUGCCGCCGCAGCCGGCUAAGCUGUCCAUCAACGAGUUGAAGCAGCAACAAAUGGGCCUCAGUGGGAUGUCUUUCCCGUCGGCGGCUGCGCCAGCAGCGCCCGCCUUCCCCGGCUACCCGCCACUCCCGACUGCAGCGGCGAUGGACCCGUGGGCGGCGCCUGCGCCGGCGCCGGCGCCGCGCUCGCAGUCGCCCUGGUCGCCGCCCAACAACAGGCACACGCCCAACCCCUUCCUCUCCUAGCCGCCCACAGAUCGGUAGCAAUGAACGCGCCCGCGCUGUGACCGCAACUCGUGCGCAUCGCUACCUAGCCGAUGACGUCACGCCUCCGCGCCUGGCCGACUCCGGCCGCCGUCGAGAUAUGCCACAUGCAGACAUACGUCCACCUUAAGCCCGCACCACACGCACGGAUGUUACCCGGCUCCCGAUUUCGUUUCGGUAAAGAGUUAUUUAUUGUAGUAGAGGAAAUGAAUAAGAAAAAAAAUCGUGCCCUAUUUUGACAGCUGAAGUAAAUCUUUACGGCGCCUUUGUGGUAAUUGGAUUGUAAACUUUUGUCAGCCAGAGUUUCCGCGUAAUGGGGUUGGCCGGUGGAAGUUUUUAGCAGAUGGCGCCAUCAUAGCUUGCCCCGUCAAUCCCUAGAAUUAUGUCAAAUUUUAGUUUUUUUUAAUACCCUGGAUGCCAGCCCUUUAGGCCAAAUCUCAUAGAAAAAGGGGCAAGGGAUGAUGGCGCCAUCUAUGCAAACCUUUGACAGUUGCCAACCCCAUUUAUACGCGUUUCCUCUGAACGGCUGUCAAAUUUAAACUACGAGUAAUCUGUAUCGGCUGUCAAAUUUGAACUACGAAUUAUUCUGAGGCUUUACAAUUCUUUUAUAAUUUUUAACUCUUUGGUUUUGAAAUCAUAGCGAAGCUGGGUUAUUACUUCCUAUAGCGACUAUUACUAUUUAAGUAUUCAUUAUUCGUGAUACGUAAUGCAACACAAUCAUUAUCACAAAAAUAGACAAGCGUUUUUAACAUGAUUUUUCGGACAGUAAAUUUUUUUUAUAGAUCUUUUUAAUGUUGAAUAUAUCUCGGCGGGUUGUGACACGGAGCCAUGGUCUGUAGGCCGAUUUUUAGUUCUAAUCUCUUCACUUAACUCUUGAACAACUACUAAAUAUAGUAACGACUCUGACAUAUAUAGAACUAUAUUAUGAUC